GCGAUCAUGGAGCCGCCCGCCCUGACCGUGAGCGCCGCGGUCCGGGAGCACCUGCGGAAGUUGGGUCUGCACGAGUUCCCGUGCGGCACGGGCAGCUGGAAUAAGUCGCGCUUUCUUCCUCAAACUUGCCGAGCAUGGCGGGAGCUGAUCCCCAGAGAGGAGGACGCUGUGGGCCCCGGGGAGGAGACGGUGGAUGCCCUGCUGGGCCUGGUCUGCUGCCCCCACUCACCCUGGGCCCUGCUGGAGGGCUCAAGCGCUGAGGACCGUUUUCUGAGAGAGCUGGCCGUCCAGAAUCCUCUGAUGCUCAAAGACAGCUUCUUCUACACCUACUUCAGGUCGCUACGGGUGGUGGACAAACAGGUGAGCCUGGUGGACAAAGACCUCCUGAAAUUUGUGAAGCUUGAAGAGUUGGUGCUGAGUGCUAAUCAAAUCAAGGAGAUUGACACCACCAACCUGCCCCCAACUCUCAAGGUGCUGGAGCUCUACGGCAACAAGAUGACCAGCAUGGAGUGUCUGUGCACCCGCCCGCCCCCAAGGCUCCAGCACUUGGGGUUGGGUCACAACAAGCUUCUGGGCCCCCUGGAGAGUGUAUACGUCACCAGUGAUUACUGGCCCAACCUCGUCUCCCUGGACCUGAGCUUCAACGACCUGACGGACCUGCAGGGCAUGGUGGCCGGCCUUCGAACGCUGCGGCACCUGAGGUUGCUGGUGCUGCAGGGGAACCCUCUGGCCCUGGUGCCCUGCUACCGGGGCUUCGUCAUCGACAGCCUGUCCGGGCUCUGCGUGCUGGACGACAUCACCGUGGCAUCCAGCGAGAAGCAUCUGUUCCGAGGGCUCAGCCACAGCGGGGAUCUCCUGGCGCAUGAGGCGCGGUUAGUGGUGACUGUUGGACAUGUCAGAGGGGUUCUGGACUCCUCGGUCUUGGACCCGGAACCAGGGCCCCAAGGCCCUUUCAUCGCUUACAGCUAUUAUGUAACGUACGAGUUUGUGGAAGAUGAGGAAGGCGAAGGAAAUGAAUACGGCCGCGUUCUGGCUGAGAUCGUCAAGCCCUCUCCCAGCACGGAACAGCUGGGUGAGGACAUUCCCAAAGAGCCCGUCAAAGAGGCUGAAGACUCCGUAGAGUCUGGGCUGGCCUCCCAGUCCCGGUCCGGGGAGCUGGAGGUGUCUGUCGUCUCCGGCGCCUCAGUGCCCUUGCCGCGGUCCAUAGACUCUGCAGAAGAGCUGGCCAAGCUGCGGCCGCGCCUGGAUCCCCGGCUCUGCCCGUCCCCGGGGACAGUUCUCUUUAGCACAGUCCGCAAGCCCUGGUCUGACGUCAUCCCCUGCGACUACAAGAUGCAGCACACGCUCAAGGACCUGGUGCUGCUCAAGGCCUUCCUGCUCUCAGGGACCACCGUCACCAUCGUGGAGGAGAAGACUCUCUCCUGGCCUGCAGUGCCACCUUCCCCCAGCAAUCCCUCGGCUGCUGAGAAGGGAAAGGGAGAGAAGGACAAGAAAGGGAAGAAGAAAGACAAGGAAGAGAAAGACAAGAAGGGAAACGAUGGGAAAGACAAAGCGGGCAAAGGGGAGAAAGAACCAGCCAAGGAGCAGAAGGGGAGCAAGAAGAAGAAGGAGCUUCGUCAGGACCUGCGCCAGGACCCGCCCGUCCUCCGGGUGCUGGGCAGUGGCCCGGUGGUCCUGGAGCCCCUGCUCUCUGGGGAGCCAUUCGUGUCCACCGUGUGCAACUUUGGGGUGGUCCGUACCUUGGAGACCGACAGGCUGACGCUUUACAGGGAUUCAAAGAAGAAUAAGAGUAAGAAAGCUAAAAAAGCAUGGGUGGCUUGUAAACAACAGACAUUUGUUUCCAGCUGCUCUGGAGGCCGGGAGGUCCAAGACCACGUUGCCAGCAGCAUCAGUGUACGAAAGCGACUACCGCCCCGACCCCCUGACGGUGGAGAUCCAGAUCCAGCUGAUCCAGGGCCGCUCGACGGAGGAGGCGCUUCGGGGGCUCGUCCCGUAGGGCGCGGGAUUAAAGGUUGUUCUGACACCGCGGCUCCGCGUCUGUCCAGCCGCCGCCGCGCGUCCGGGGAGCGGGGUGCUGGCCGGGGCCGCGGGGGGCCUGUUCGGGAGGAGGCGGGAGUGCCUGGCUGGGGAGGAGCGGGGGGCUGGCCGUGGGGAGAGGGGAGUAGGGUGCUGUCCGGAGGAGCUGGGGGCUGGCCGGGGGAGCGGGGGGUAGGGUGCUGUUCGGAGGAGCGGGGAGCCUGGCCGUGGGGAGCGGGGGUGGAGCUGGCCAGGGAGGAGAGGAGAGCUGGCCGGAGGAGGCGGGGGGCUGGCCGGGGAGAGCGGGGUCGGCCUCCCCGGGGCGGGCUCCGCAGGGCCGGGCCUCUCAGCCGGCAGGUGCGCGUGGAGCUGCGCAGACCCAGGUGGGCGGGGACCCGCGGCGGCCCCGGGCCCGCCCCCAGAGACCGCGCCCCCAAGCCCGGCCUUAGCCGCUGGGUUGGUGGGCCGCGCGGGGGCGUGGCCAGCGCUCAGGGGUCGCCGCUGAGCCCUCCCCACCUCCCGCGCCCAGCGGAGAGAGCUGUGCCUACGCGGCUGCGCUGUGCGAGCUCCUCGCCUGUGUCCGCUCGGCGUCUUGGCUCAGGCCCUGCCAUGCUCCGCAGGGUAGGCUGGCUGGUCCUGUACAGCCUUGCUGCGCUGCUGCUCAGCUGCCUGUUCUUCCUGAAGAAGGCGGCCCACCCAGCGGGGGGCCCCACGGCCCGACAGCCCUUCUGGGCUCCCCCAGGGCCCCGGCGCAGCCAGUGUCCGCCCAACCACACGGUGGCUAAUGCCUCCCUGUUCCUGCCUAACCGUCACCGCCUCUUCUUGACCUAUCGCCACUGCCGCAACUUCUCCAUCUUGCUGGAGCCUUCGGGCUGUGCCGAGGACACCUUUCUGCUCCUGGCCAUCAAGUCACAGCCUGGCCACGUGGAGCGGCGGGCGGCCAUCCGCAGCACGUGGGGCCGGGCAGGAAGCUGGGCUAAGGGCCGGCAGCUGAAGCUGGUGUUCCUCCUGGGGGUGGCAGGAUCUGCGCCCCCAGCCCAGCUGCUGGCCUACGAGAGUCGGGAGUUUGAUGAUAUCCUACAGUGGGACUUCGCUGAGGACUUUUUCAACCUGACACUCAAGGAGCUGCACUUGCAGCGCUGGGUGGCAGCUGCCUGUUCCCAGGCCCAUUUCAUGCUAAAGGGAGAUGACGAUGUCUUUGUCCAUGUCCCCAAUGUGCUGGAGUUCCUGGAUGGCUGGGACCCAGCCCAGGACCUACUGGUGGGAGAUGUCAUCCGCCAGGCCCUGCCCAACAGGAACACCAAGGUCAAAUAUUUCAUCCCACCCUCCAUGUAUAGGGCCCGCCACUACCCACCCUAUGCUGGGGGCGGAGGGUAUGUCAUGUCCAGAGCCACUGUGCAGCACCUCCAAGCAGCCGUGGAAGAGGCUGAACUCUUCCCCAUUGAUGACGUCUUUGUGGGGAUGUGCCUGAAAAAGCUGGGGGUGAGCCCCAUGCACCAUGCUGGCUUCAAGACAUUUGGAAUACGGCGACCCCUGGACCCUCUGGACCCCUGCCUGUACAGAGGGCUCCUUCUGGUGCACCGCCUCAGCCCCCUGGAGAUGUGGACCAUGUGGGCACUGGUAACAGAUGAGGGGCUCAAGUGUGCAGCUGCCCCCUUGUCCCAGCUUCGAGGGGUGGGUUGAGCGAGUAGACUGUUAAUUUUGCAAUCAUGAUGAGAAAUCGAGAACCCUGAAACUUGGCCCUUGAUGGGUCUACAAGAAAUGCUGACUUUGUUUUUGUAACCCCCUCCCAAACCUUGCUAACUCUGAUUAAAACACUGAAACCUGGCUGACUUGUACCAGUAUGUGUUAAAUGGGCAAAUGCUGCCAUCACUCCAUGGGGGGUACUCCUGGAGCCCCUUGGGGCUCUUCCAGUCUGGAGGGGGUGGUGAA